AUGUCCAACUUUCGCAAAAUUCGCCCCUCGUUUGGGGAGAACAGUCCUUCGACUGGUAACCCAAGCCAGUCUACGUCCGAAAGUACGGGAUCUGACCCACGUCGUCCCCGUGGCGACAAAGACACACCUGAUGCCAGCAGUUCCUCCUCCUCCAAACGGCGACGAGUUCCCGAAUCAGUGACUCGCAAUGCCUGUCUCAAUUGCAAGAAGGCGCGAGCAAAGUGCGAUGGCAAGAAGCCAUGCAAGAGGUGCGCGACGCGGGUCGAGACCUCGGAAUGCAUCUACGAAGUCCACAUCAAGCACGCGAAAGAGGAGCUGGUCAAGCAGAUCAAGGAGCUUAGGGCCAAGGACCAUAUGACCGAACAGAUUCUGCAAGCUUUAUCCACCGACGAGAAGGUGCCAGAGAUCCUCGACCGACUGAAGCGUGGCGAGACAUACGACAGUAUCGUCGAAUGGCUGGGCCGCUCCCCCAUGGGCGAAUUCGAGACGCUGUCGCCCAGGGACUCGCAUCUUUCUUUGCUCGAUGCGUCUGACCACGAAAUGACUGGCGUCCCAGCCAACAACUGGACGACUGUUACAUCCAACACAGCAAUUCUUGACCACCUAUUCCAGCUCUACUUUGCCUGGGUGCACCCAGUACACACGCUGUUCAGUGAACCACGUUUCGUCGAGAGCUACCAAAGAUGGCUGGACAACUUUUGCUCGCCCGUGCUCGUGAACGCAAUCUGUGCAAUGGCCUGCCACUUGCACACUGCGGCAGACGGAGACGAAGUUGACUAUGAGCAACUCGGCGUGGAAUUUAGUGAUGCUGUUCGCGCAACUCUCGACCCCAGUGACUGCAGGCUCACGUCGAUACAAGCCUUCGCUGUGAUGUAUCUGGUAGACUGCGCCCGUGGCCAUGCAUUGCGCGCUGUGUCCUACCUGAAGACAGCGACCGAGUAUUUACCUGCGGUCGCGUUCCAGGACACCGACGGCUUUGGGGACUCUUGGAAAGACACCGUGCGUGGGAUUCGAAACCUGAACAUUGAAUGGGCCCAAAUGACCUUCCAAGCACCACCGAUCAUCGAUUUGGCAGCAUACGAUGGCGUAGAAGCGAAUGAUGCCAAUCAGGAUAUUGCGAAAUGGUACAUCUAUCGCUAUGCCAAACAGCAGCCGGAGGCUUGGCCGAGCCUACUAGCAACCACAAACAGGGAGAAGUCGAAGUUGAAUGCAAUUCUGCAGGAUAUUGCGUUGAUGAUCUAUACUCGGCGAGACAUCCACAUAUCUGCGAAGCAAUUCCUACACCAGUACGAGAGACUUAAAAAGUGGCGAGAAGGGUUACCAGACGAGAUCGGAAACAUCGAAGGGCAAGAUCGUCCAGUACUGCCUCAUGUGCUUUAUCUGCUUCGUGCAGUUGCUCAGGCCAUUACUGGACUUCAAGGGAUUUCCGUCAUCACUGGUGGAGGAGACCAUAUGGACAUGCGCCCAAGAAGGUUUGAUGUUACUCGACAGCUGACAGACGUUAUCGCCCGGUUUUUCCCCGGAGGAGCUGCAGGGGGUAGUAAAGAUGGAGCCGAGGCCGUACAAUUUGGCAUGGAGCUUCUCGUGGAAUCUCGCGUGGGAUUCCCCAUUGCUGGUCCGCUCCAGGAAAUGUUGAGGCGGUCUGCAAACGAGUGCGCUAUCCUCCUCCCUCGGAAUUUGACCGAGCUCAUGCAGUCGCCCAAGCCGCCCCAGCAAGUCUAUCGAAUUGAUGAUUUCUUGGGGGCAUGUGGCAGAUCCACGUAUGUGCAACCAAAUUUCGAGACGCAUCAGAGAUAUAGUCCAUCAUUUUCUUCUGAGUGGUCGUCUCUGGGGCAUAUUUAUGGAUUUCGUGAAUCGACAACUGGUGCUCGAAGACUGCGGGUUCCAUCUGCAGAGGAGAGAGCCCCCAACAUUAGCCUGGCUGGCCGACCAUUCCGCUCCACGUAG